GCGCUUAAAGCAACUAUUGCUAGUUUUAUACAACGGAACAGACGGAGUAUAAUAUAUAUAAAUAAAAAUCUAAAUUUAUUAGAUAAAUAAAUAAUAGUAUUAACAAAAUAUUUAGAAAAUAAUAAUAAACAAAUUAGAUACUUGUAAUUAUUAAAUAAUGAAAAAAUAUAAGAAAAAUAAUUUUGAAACUAAAAAAAAAUUUAUAUAAAAAUGAUUUGUGAACUAAUUUGACUAGCAAGAAGACAUAUUGAGAAAAUAAAUAUUAAAUAAUAAAUUAUAAAAGUUAAAUAAGAAAAUAAACAAAAAAAGAGAAAAACGAAAUAUCAUGUCUACAAUAUGACGGAUUCAGAUGAUGAUCUAACACUACUACUGGAUAAUACAAAACCAAAUAUCAAUACAACAGAUGACCCCACAUACAAAAAUACUAAAAAGAAAAAACGCAAUAAACUUUGUGAAGACAUUAAUCGCAAUGUGGUGCAGGAACGUCGUUUAUCCCUUAGCAGGAACCCCUUUAAGUUGCGUUAUUUAUGGAAACGUAAACCUCUCAUCUACCUGUUAGCAAUAUUGUUGUUAGUAUUUUUAGUUAAUUUAACCAUAAAUCGUGAUGUCGAUGAACAUGAAGAUGACAGUUUAUAUUUUAUAAGCAAUUUACAUUCGCAUGUGCCGGGCAUGAAAGUAUUAAAAAAUUUAACAUCACUUCUAAAAGUCAAGCUUAAUAAAAAUCAAGAUGUAACAACUUUAACACCAACUAAAAUCGGCCUCACUGAAGCACAAAUUGCUACAGCAGCAUCGAAAAAACGUGUUGAUAAAAAUUUGAAAACUAAACUAUUAAAAGAAACACCAACACUUAAUUCUACUUCUUUAUCUUUAUCUUCUGAUUUUUAUGCUAACUCUUCCUUUUCUGCUACGCAUUUGGAAUCGUUUAAUAACUCUUUGCCAUCACCGCCUCCCACAGGUUAUUUAGUAUGGAGUGAAUAUUGUAAAAUGCCCAAUUUAGAUCCCUACUUGCCAGAGGUAAUGAAAAAUUUUCGCCGGGAAAAGUAUAAACCCUGUAAGCUGAUCUCACCUUUGACACGAGUCGAUUUUAAUAGAACAACUAAACGUUAUACGCUUUCUGUUGAUCAGGAAGUGAUACCAGCGUAUAGUAAAACGGGCAAACUGGAUUGUUGUUAUCAGUCCAUUGUGCGCAAUGGCACUGGCGAGAAAGUCGAUAGAGUUGUUAGCCUUUCGGAAUGCAUGAGUUUUGUUGAUAAAACUUCUUUAUCGCCUACAAUUGACAAUAUACUGGUACGAUGUCGUUCGAAUAAUCGCCAGGUAUACAUUAAUGGUUAUCCUUUAAUGCCAGAACGCAAUGAGAUUCGUCAACGUUUAGAAACUUGGAAAAAGUAUGAUGAUCAACGUAAGAGAAAAGAAAAAGCGCCGAGUGUUUUAAUGUUGGGCAUAGAUAGUAUAUCAAGAGUAAAUUUAGUGAGAGCGAUGCCAAAGACAGCAAAGUAUUUGUACGAUAAUGAAUGGUUUGAAAUGAGCGGAUUUAAUAAGAUUGAUGACAAUACAUUCCCCAAUUUAAUGGCCGUCCUAACUGGCAUGAAUCGAUCUACCGUCAUGCAAAAAUGUUCACCCUACAAACUGGAAGCAUUGGAUAAUUGUGAUUUUAUUUGGAAAACAUUUCGUGAUCACGGCUAUGUGACGGCCUAUGCGGAAGAUGAAGCCAGCAUAAAUACUUUCAAUUACUUAAAAGUGGGAUUUACACAACCUCCCGUGGACUAUUAUUUAAGGCCAUUUCUCUUGGGUGCCGAGAAACAUUUAGAGACUAAAUUAAAAUCAAGUUUAAUCGAUUGUUUGGGCUAUAAACAUUCAGCUGAUUUCGUAUUUGACUAUGCAGUAGAAUUGGCCAAAAGAUAUAAGAAUGAAUCCUAUUUUGGUCUCUUUUGGGCCAAUACAUUUAGUCAUAAUGACAUUAGUGAUUGUUCGGCCAUGGAUGAACAUAUAAUGAAUUAUUUAAAGAAAUUUAAACAAAUGGGCACUUUGGAGGAUACUAUAGUGGUGUUUUUUAGUGAUCAUGGCAUGCGUUUUGGUCCAAUACGAAAAACUCAUUCGGGUCAUUUGGAAGAAAGAUUGCCGUUUGUAUUUUUAUGGUUGCCACCAAAUCUUAAGCAAAAUUAUCCCAGUUUUGUAAAUGCCUUAAAUGUUAAUAAGAAUCGUUUGACCAAUCCCUACGAUACACACAUGACACUUAAACACAUUUUAAGAUUAACGGGACGAGUGCAAAACGAAACAGUUUUAAAUAAAUCAGAUGCUUGCCCCAAAUGCCAAUCCUUAUUGGAGCCUGUGCCACAAAACCGUUCCUGCCUAGAUGUUGCCAUAGAGGCACAUUGGUGCACCUGUUUGCUGUAUGAAAGUAUUUAUAAAAAUUCCAAAACCGUUGUUAAUUUGACCCACUUGCUUAUUGAUUAUAUCAAUGAUUAUGUGGCGAAUUUUCAUAAUGGUACACUGGCCAAAAUGUGUGUUCCCUUGGCGUAUGAUAGUGUAGAAAGUGCUUACAGAACGACACAACUGCAAAUGAGUGAUGACGGCAAAUCUACUAGUACCAUCAAUAUUUAUCGCGUAACUUUUUAUACCAAACCCAAUAAGGGUCUUUUUGAGGCCACCGCUAUUUAUGAUCCUGUAGAGAAUUAUCUUAAAGUUACGGGUGAGAUUAGCCGUCUUAAUAAAUACAGUGCAGAUUCGGAAUGUGUUUCAGAUGGUGGCGCUAAAAAGUAUUGUUCUUGUCAUAAGAAAAUUUUCUAGCAUAAAACACCGGUCGUACAUAAAGUAGUUGUGAAAUUAGCUAAUACCUCAUUUAGAUUUAGCUCGAAUAAAGAUCGUUUUAACGGAUUACGUUCUAAAACUUUAGCCCGAACUUAGUUAAUCAAAUGUUAUAGUUUUGAAGAGAUCGGCUAUGUUGCGAUUAUUGAAUCCAUAAUUUUGCUCAUUUCUAUAUGUUAUUGGUUUGUUUGGCCACAAUAAUUUACAAUAUGGGAAUCUCAAAUAUUUUGCCUGAAAACUUAAAAAGCUUUUGUCCAAAAAGUUUCCCUAUCAUUUAAAUUAAAGAUGUCAUGCCACCAAUUUCCAACAUUUUCCCUCUACUGUACUUGUAUAUUUGUAUGUAAAAAAAUAGUUCAAAUAAAAUAGUUUAUUUUAAUAAUAAUAAUAAUAAUAAUAAUAUAAAAUAUUUUAAUUUUUCGCUUAUAAAUAUUGAUAUAAUACUUAAAUAGCUUUAUUUUCGUAUUCUUA